CACCUCCGGCACGGGAGCUGAUUCCAUAUCCAUCACGUUCUGGAUGCGGGGGGUGCACCGGUCCCUUGGCCGGUGCCGGGCAGGUGGCAAACCCCCUCCUGCCUUUUAUGACAGGCUCAGGGUGCUUGUCCUGAGAGAGAAGACACCCCGUGAGGACGCCUGGGGCCGUGCUCGCUUCUGCUUUCUUACCCAGGCUUUGCUUGCGCCAAGGAUGCUCUGCCCGCUGCUUGCCCUGGGAGCGCUGGUGCUCAGCCUGGCAGGUGCCAUGGAGAUCCAGGUCCCAGAUGAGCCCGUGGUGGCUCUUUUCGGCCGAGACGCCACCCUGAGCUGCUCCUUUUCCCCUGAGGCCAACUUCAGCCUCGAUGACCUCAACCUCAUCUGGCAGCUGACAGACACCAAGCGCUUGGUCCACAGGUUCUCCGGUGGCCAGGACCAGCUGGCAGACCAGCUUGGGAGCUACACCAACCGUACGGCCCUCUUUUAUGAUCAGCUGGCCCAGGGCAACGUCUCCCUGCUCCUCCGACGUGUGGAGAUCUCAGAUGAGGGCAGCUUCACCUGCUUCGUUUGGGUCCGGGACUACAGCAGGGCAGCUGUGACAUUGCAGGUGGCAGCUCCGUACUCCAAGCCCAAUAUGAACCUGGAGCCCAACAAGGACUUGAAGCCAGGAGAUCUGGCGGUCGUGAGUUGCCAUGCUUCCCGUGGCUAUCCUGAGGCCAGUGUCCUCUGGCAGGACAGCCGGGGCAGCAACAUCACAGAAAAUGUCACCACAUCCCAGGUGGCCAACGAGGAAGGUCUCUUUGAUGUGCACAGUGUCCUCCAGGUGCUGGUGGAGCCCAGCAUCACCUACUCCUGCCUGGUGCGAAACCCAGUGCUGCAGCAGGAGACCCAGGCCUCUGUCACCAUCACGGGCCAACACCUCGCCUUCCCUGCUGUGGCUCUCUGGGUGACAGUGGGACUCGCCGUCUGCGUUGUGGGGCUACUUGCUGUCCUGGCGUACGUGUGCCAGAAGAAAAUCCGCGAGAGCUACGAGGAAGAGGAGGAAAAUGCAGGCAACGUGGCGGGGAUGGAGGAGCAAGACGAGGAGGGGGAAGGACCCAAGACAGCCUUGCAGCUGCUGAAGAGCUCGGAGAGCAAAGACGAUAACGAGCAAGAAAUUGAUUGACGGAAACUUGGACACCCCCAGCGGCGCCCUGUGCUCUGGACCAGCCGAGAUGUCUCUGGCAGGGAUGAGCUCCGGCUCCCCUGGGGAGGGCGCGGACCUUCUGCCACCCCUCGUCCCAGGCCCUGACACCCUCCUCCUUCCCCAGCCACGUCUUCGGGGCGCUCUGGGGCUGGAGAGAGGCUAUGUCUCUUUAUCCUUGGCGAGCCCUGAAGACCAGUGCAUCCUUCCCAUGGACGGGGUGCAUGGGGAGGAGGCUCCUCCUUGUCCGUCUGUCUGUCCCCACGCUGGGCUGAGAGCAACCAGGGUUGACUGUUCCCUCCAGCACCUUCUGUGCCUGCUCCUGCAUUGCUAUAGCUGAGCCAGCCGCCUUCCAGGUGCCUCCUAGGGCAAAUUUCGGUGCCUUUCCCAAGCCCAGAGGCCUUGAGAGGGAUGAUGGGCUCAGCAAGGUCCCUGGGAGCGAAAGAUGGAGCCCUGGAGGGGAGCCCUGGAGGCUCCAGGAAGAUGGAUGGGACCUGCAAGACCCCCAGGGGUGGGGGGACAGAGCUGGUGCUCUCGGCCCCAAUGGAUACACCGCUCUGGGGACAUAUGGGGACAAUUAUUUUUUUACAUUGCACCACUGUGGUUUAUAGAAUCAUAGAACGGUUUGGGUUGGAAGGGACCUUUAAAGGCCAUCAAGUCCAACCCCCCUGCAGUAAGCAGGGACAUCUUCAGCUAGAUCAGGUUGCUCAGACCCCCGUCCAACCUGACCUGGAAUGUUUCCAGGGAUGGGGCCUCCACCACCUCUCUGGGCAACCCAGGCCGGUGUCUCACCACCCUCAGUGUAAAAAAAUUUCUUCCUUAGUUUAAAGCCGUUGCCCCUGGUCCUAUUGCAACAGGCCCUGCUAAAAAGUUUGUCCCCACCUCUCCUGGAGCCCCUUUAGGGACUGGAAGGGGCUGGAAUGUCUCCCUGGAGCCUUCUCUUCUCCAGGCUGAACCCCCCCAGCUCUCCCCUCACGGCAGAGGGGCUCCAGCCCUCCCAGCAUCUCCGGGGCCUCCUCUGGCCCUGCUCCAACAGCUCCGUGUUUUUCUGCUGUUGGUGCCCCAGGGCUGGAGGCAGCACUGCAGGGGGGUCUCCCCAGCGUGGAGUAGAGGGGCAGAAUCCCCCCCCUCGCCCUGCUGCCCACGCUGCUGGGGAUGCAGCUCAUUGCCUGCUCAUGUCCAGCUUCUCAUCCACCAACACCCCCAAGUCCUUCUCGGCAGGGCUGCUCUCCAUCCCCUAGCCUGUGCUGAUACCGGAGUUUGUCCUGACCCAGGUGCAGGACCCUGCACUUGGCCUUGUUGAGCCCCAUGACGUUCACAGGGGCCCACUUCUCAAGCCUGUCCAGGUCCCUCUGGAUGGCACCUUGUCCCUCAGGCAUGUCACUGCUCCAUUCGGCUUGGUGUUGUCUGCAAAGUUGCUGAGGGUGCGCUUGAUCCCACUGUCUAUGUCACUGGUGAAGACACUGAACAGUACUGGUCCCAGUAUGGACCCCUGAGGGACACCACUUGUCACCGAUCUGCAUCUGGACAUUGGGCUACCCUCUGUAUGCGAGCAUCCAACUAAUUCCUUAUCCACGGAACAGACCGCCCAUCAAAUCCAUACUUCUCCAGUCUAGAGAGAAUGGUGUUGUAGGGGACAGAGUCAAAGGCCUUAACAAAAGUCCAGAUAGAUGACAUCCAUUGCUCUUGCCUUGCCCACCGAUGUAACCACUCCAUCAUAGAAGGCUGUGAGGUUGGUCAGGCACGACUUGCCCUUCGUGAAGCCGGGCUGGCUGUCUUGAAUCACCUCCCGGUCCUCCAUGUGGAGGAGCCUUAGCUUCUAGGAGAAUCUCUUCCAUGAUCUUUCCAGUCACAGAGGCGAGGCUGACACGUCGGUUCCCACUGAAUUUUUUAUUUUUGCCUUAAAUGCAAAAUCCCAUCGGGGCGGUUAUCCCCUGCCUCAAAUUAACUGGGGGUAUUUUUUGAGGUGGGAUGAAAGGCAGGGCAUGGGGGGACACACACACCUGCUGGCCGGGUGAAGCCCCCCUCUCCUCCCCAUGGUGACAAAGCUGAUGCAUUGGGGGCUAAAGCACUGAUGGGGACGAACCUAACCGGUGCAUGGGGUCGAGCCUUUGUGUUUCCCAUGGGGUCGGGGGUCUUUGCCUUGUGCGUGUCCUGUGGGUCUGCCCUCCACUGUGCAGUACCUGCAGGGUGCAUGGGGGCACCCAUGCUGCCGGGCUGAACAGGGUGGCCUGUCCCUUGUCCUGCUCCGGUGGGUGGAGAAGUCCUCACUGUGCCCUUUGAUGGCUCUGUUGCUGGUUUUCUUCGUUAUUUAAAAUCCAGAAUCUGAAGGGGGUUCUUGUGCCUUGACAAAUAAAUUCGGGGGUUGUUUUGGA